AUGCUUCAACCACUCAAAAAUGUUGUCAUUCUCGGCGGCUCUUACGUCGGACUUCCUCGCUUCUCCGUUGUACCGAAGCAUGAGCACAAGGCUUUUAUCCCAUAUUCCGCAGCUUUCGCGGGAUCACCCAACUCGUCACGCCACCAAGUUAUCCAGGCCCGCGCCAACUCCCUCCGCCGUAACAGCGUUGUACUUGACCGAGACUGGCAGGGGUCAGCCGAAAUCUCAUAUGAUUACCUCGUCGUCACAACGGGCACUGAGCUACCGGCGCCCGGCACUAUGCAACAUGACGACAAAUCGUCUUCGGUCCAGUAUCUUAGAUCGUAUCAGGAAUCCGUCAUCAAAGCCUCGUCGAUCGUCAUAGUCGGAGGUGGUGCCGUAGGUGUUCAGAUGGCGACCGAUCUGAAGGAGUUCUACCCGGACAAGGAGAUUACUCUUGUGCAUUCUCGCGAGCAUCUGAUGCCUUUGUAUCACAGCAAGCUGGACGAAAUCGUCAAGUCUCGCUUCAGUGAGUUGGGUGUCAAGUCAGUAGAUUAUAUCAUGCCUGUGGUGCAAUGCUGA